AUUAUCACUCCACCUUUCCUCAUAAUUACACCUUCUUACCUCCUAAGCUUACCAAAAUCUACCCCUACCGUACGAUAAAAUGACAGACAGGCCUCAGCCGGCCGUCUACCUGGUCUCAGGCAGUGGGCUCAACACCGCCGUGAUAGCACAAAUCGAAUUGAGAAGAGUUUUCACCUUCCACGCCAUGUGGAAGUGGAUUCUUUCCAAACAGCCCCAGUAUAUCGGAAAACCCAUGGUAAUAGAGAAUCGUUUUUUCGUCGAAACCGAAAUCGUAGCUGGCGAUCAAGAAUUGCCAAUCGGAUGCACCGGAUUUCACCGCAUCUUCGACGACGCAUCCUGGGACGACAGCAAGAUCGAUAUCCUCGCUCACAACAUUCCCGAUUUCCCCGGAGCCGCAAACCGUAAGCCUAUCUUUAGCGUCAGGAUCCUCCAGCCGGAUGUUGACGUGUUUGAUUUUCAGAAUAGGGAGAUCGUGUUCUACUCUGUUUGGAAACUGCUUAAUAUCAUUAGCUCUUCUUCCCCCGAUGAGGAGAUAUUUCAGCCUAGAGGCCACCUCCUGGCGUAUCUCCAGGCUCUUGGGGAGAGAGACCACAGACGGCGAGACAUGGCAUAAAUCCGAAUAUGAUACCCCCAAUACUAGGAGCAAGUAGAUAUGCUUUCCCGACGAUACUCAACGUAGAUAUUCGUAACCCGUAAACCAAUUGAAUCCCUUUCCCAUAGCUAGCAGCUAACAAUAAAAAUACUUUCUAAUCU